AUGCUUGACAAAGCGAGGAGAAAACGAGCAGUAAAGGCAGCGAAGAAAUUAAGCCACCUUCGUGCGAAAAAGAAACUGAAGAGGCAUGUCAUUGAUGCUGUUAACGAGAUAAAGAGGAAGAAGAAUAUCAAAAAUCAGAAGAAGUUUACGAAAAUAAACCUCGAAUGGGAAAAACAGAGAAAUGAAGAAGAUCUAGAUGCUGAUUUAUUACCUACCGACAUGAUGGAUGAUGAUCUUGAUUGGGAGCAAAGUGCUUUUGCUACUGGAUUAAUGGAGAGUCACAGUGAUGGGGAGAAUGAUUUGGACAAAUAUGAACGCAAUGCAGUGACUCGGAUUUCAAAAAGAAGACGAGAAUUCCAUGAAUUGCUGCCAGUUAAAAUUAAAGGAAAAGUUGUUAAGAGACAAAUUAAAGAAGAAGAGGAUCUACCCGACGACGACGCUUUCGUAGUACCAUCAGGUAGCCUUGAGAUGGUGGAAGGUACUGAAGGUCUGAAUGCUGUAGAAUUGCUACAGAAGCGGAAGGAACUCCUCGAAAGUUUCAAGGAAGCGUUAAGUUUUCAUGCUUGUGCCAUAGUAGCUGGGCCGCAAGAAGAGUUCGGUAGGCUUAAGGAAUUACUAAACUUUUGUAAGGGUGGGGACGUACAUCCACUAAUACGUGAGACAGCUGAAAAACUGGCUUUAGCUUCUACAGCUCAAGUUUAUAUCGACAUUAUACCAGGCUACACUAUAAGGAAUCGGACAGAAGCUGAGUUGACUCAGAAGCUUAAGAAGGAAACAAGAAAGUUGUAUACCUAUGAACAAGCAAUGUUGCUGAAUUAUCAGAAAUACCUGCGGUUAUUAGAGAAGAAUGCACUGCGUCGGUUACUUAUUUGCUCAGUAUCAUUGGCAAUGCUUUUUAUUAUAAGCAGAUUAGGAUGA